GUCACACGUCUACUGGUAACUCUUGUGUGGUUAUUUUCCGGGCUGCUGGCGUUGUGCCUAUUCGUGUUAGAGACGCUCGACAACUCGCAGAAGCAGGAAUGCACUCCAAUGAAGCUGCCAAGUCUCUACAUCAUCUUCUCAGCAUCGGCCUCCUUCAUCGUUCCGGCCGCGAUUAUGAUCGCACUUAACGUUUCGAUUUUCUGCACUGUACUCACAACGACCAGAACGAAAUGUGUGUCAGUAAAAAAUGGGGAGUCAAUGCGGAUACACCGAGGAAAACGCAAAUCUCUCGCCAACAAGUUAAUAAAGCAGUAUUCGUGUGACUCGGCUGGACGUGAUGCCAAGGCAUAUGAUGAAAUGUCACCAAUGAUAGAACGUGCUGCAGUGAAAGCACAACCAGUGACUGCCAUCGGUCACAAUGAAGAGCCAAAAAGUGUGAGCCCCAUUCUGAAGAACCUCCUCUCGCAUGUCAUGGUGGUCUCCUUAAUUAGUACAAGCAAGAAGAAACGUCUCAAUGUGAUCACACACCUUGGC